UUUAACCCUCUCGAGUGACAGAGGAAAAUAAUUUUCUCGAGAUAAUUGCAGAACUAAUCGGGAAAAUAGUAAGGAUGCAUUUAGUUUAUGAUCAGGUUGUAUGUGUCACCGGCGCGGGCGGGUUCAUCGCUUCAUGGCUGGUCAAGUUACUUCUGGAAAAGGGUUAUACUGUUAGAGGAACUGUCAGAAAUCCAGAUGAUCCUAAAAAUGAUCAUUUGAAGGAGCUUGAAGGAGCAAAGGAGAGAUUGGUGCUAUACAAAGCUGAUCUCCUUGAUUACAAGAGUUUAUGUGAAGCCAUCAAUGGGUGCGAUGGCGUUUUUCACACUGCAUCACCUGUCUCUGAGGAAGAGCACAUGGUGGAACCGGCAGUCACAGGAAGCAAGAACGUGAUAGUUGCUGCGGCGGAGGCUAAAGUCAGACGGCUGGUCUUCACUUCAUCAAUAGGAGCUGUGUACAUGGACCCUAAUAGAUGUCCUGACCAACUCAUCGACGAAACAUAUUGGAGCGAUCUUGAUUUCUGCAAGAACACUAAGAACUGGUAUUGCUACGGAAAAGUUUUGGCAGAACGGCUUGCAUGGGAAGAGUCGAAAUUGAGAGGGUUAGACAUGGUGUCAAUCAGCCCGGUAUUGGUAAUUGGACCAUUGUUGCAACCUACUAUUAAUGCAAGUACGGGUCAUAUCCUCAAAUACCUGACUGGAGCUGUCAAGACAUAUACCAACUCAGUUCAGGCCUAUGUCGAUGUUAGAGAUGUCGCAGCUGCACAUGUUCUUCUCUUCGAGACUCCUGCAGCAACAGGACGACACAUCUGCUCCGAGAGCUCGCUUCAUCGGGGCCAGGUGGUAGAAACAUUAGCUAAAUAUUUCCCUGAAUAUCCCGUUCCUACCAAAUGUGCUGAUGAAAUUAAGCCAAGAUCCAGGCCAUUAUUGUUUUCAAACCAAAAGCUCAAGGACAUGGGGCUUGAUUUCUUACCCGUGAGGCAAUGCCUGUAUGAAACUGUCAAGAGUCUGCAGGAGAAGGGACACCUUCCAGUUUCGAAUAAAUUUUUUAUCGGAUGUAGCCAAGCCAUCUAAUGAUAAAAUUCAUCUACAUCAUUUUAUGAUGAGCAUCAAAGAUACGUUCAAUUUUGCAAUUAAAAGUGGGAUAUUAUACAGGCAUUUUAAUACCUUAAGUCUAAUAAUAUAACAAAAAAAUAGUGUCCUAAUGAUUUGUGACAUCAUGUUAAUAUAUCAACUCCAACAACAUGUCUUGUUGUUGUGCUUUUUUAUUAAAAUAGUAAUAGUAAUAUAUUUGAAUUAUUAUUAGAGGGAGAUGAAAAGGAAAAGGCAAAGAAAUGUGUUAUAACAGAAGAACCUCGUUUUUUAUUGAUAGAAAUGAUUUAGGGCAUGCACAAGUCAC